GACAUGAGUGCAUCUGAUAUUCCUGUUUUGCACUGGGCUGGAGCCCCGUGUGCCCAGAACUAACAAGAACUUUACCUGAGCUCCUGGGUCAUUAGGAGUGGAAAGGUCUUGGCUGAUCCCAAACACGAAGAAGCACAAAAGAGAAAAGCUGGAUAGUUAAUGGGAAAAGGGAGCUAACGAACAUGAGACAUGAACUCCAGGACGUGUUAUUGCCGAGUGUCCCCGGGGCAGGGCGAUGAAGGAGCGCUGUCGAGUGGCAGAUGGUAACGCUUGUGGUGGUCUUUCAGACUAACAGGGAUGCCAAAGGAAAAAUAUGAUCCUCCAGAUCCUCGCAGAAUUUACACCAUCAUGUCAGCAGAAGAGGUAGCCAACGGGAAGAAGUCACACUGGGCUGAGUUGGAGAUCUCAGGCAGAGUGCGGAGCUUAAGUUCGUCGCUCUGGUCGCUGACGCACCUGACGGCUCUGCACCUCAAUGACAACAAUCUUACUCGCAUUCCACCUGAUAUUGCCAAGCUCCACAAUCUGGUUUACCUGGAUCUGUCAUCCAACAAACUCAGAAGUUUACCAGCAGAACUAGGAAACAUGGUGUCUCUCAGGGAAUUGCUUUUAAAUAACAAUCUGUUACGGGUUUUGCCUUAUGAACUUGGACGGCUCUUCCAGCUACAAACCCUGGGUUUGAAAGGCAAUCCUUUAUCCCAAGAUAUUCUCAGCCUCUACCAGGAUCCAGACGGAACCCGAAAGCUACUGAACUACAUGCUUGACAAUCUAGCAGUUCAUCCAGAGCAGCUGCCUCCAAGGCCAUGGAUUACUUUAAAAGAACGAGACCAAAUUCUGCCCUCAGCUUCAUUUACAGUUAUGUGUUACAAUGUGUUGUGUGAUAAAUACGCCACCCGGCAGCUCUAUGGCUACUGCCCAUCCUGGGCACUCAACUGGGAGUACAGGAAAAAGGGAAUCAUGGAAGAAAUCGUCAACUGUGAUGCAGAUAUCAUUAGUCUUCAGGAAGUGGAAACAGAGCAAUACUUCACCCUUUUUCUGCCAGCCUUGAAGGAACGGGGAUACGACGGAUUCUUUUCUCCGAAGUCACGUGCCAAAAUCAUGUCCGAGCAGGAGAAAAAGCAUGUGGAUGGCUGCGCCAUAUUCUUCAAAACUGAAAAGUUCACGCUGGUGCAGAAGCACACGGUGGAGUUCAACCAGGUGGCCAUGGCCAACUCGGAAGGUUCGGAAGCCAUGUUGAACAGAGUGAUGACCAAGGACAACAUCGGAGUCGCCGUGGUGCUGGAGGUGCACAAGGAAUUAUUUGGAGCAAGUAUGAAAUCGCUUCACGUGGACAAGCAGCUGCUCAUCGUGGCCAAUGCCCACAUGCACUGGGACCCCGAGUACUCAGAUGUGAAACUCAUCCAGACCAUGAUGUUUGUCUCGGAACUGAAAAACAUCCUGGAGAAAGCCUCGAGCAGGCCCAGCAGCCCGACAGCAGAUCUGAACUCCAUCCCUCUGGUGCUGUGUGCGGAUCUCAACUCCCUGCCUGAUUCAGGUGUGGUGGAAUACUUAAGCAACGGCAUAGUGGCUGACAACCACAAGGACUUCAAGGAGCUGCGUUACAACGAGUGUCUCAUGAACUUCAGUGGGAACGGGAAGAACGGAGCUUCCGAAGGCAGGAUCACGCACGGCUUCCAGCUCAAGAGCGCCUACGAGAACAACUUGAUGCCUUACACCAAUUACACUUUUGAUUUCAAAGGUGUGAUUGACUACAUUUUCUACUCCAACACCCACAUGAACGUGCUCGGAGUCCUGGGGCCUUUGGACCCUCAGUGGCUGGUGGACAACAACAUCACUGGGUGCCCACACCCCCACAUCCCCUCCGACCACUUCUCCCUGCUCACCCAGCUGGAACUCCACCCUCCACUCCUGCCUCUCGUCAACGGGGUGCACCUCCCGAGCCGGAGGUAGUGCCGCCCUGCCCCUGGAAGGGCACGGACCUGUUCCCACGGACCUGUACAGUUGUAAAUCCAAGUAUAUAGGAGUGAAGUAUGGCCAACCUUAAGCUGCUGCUUCGAGCUCCUUUUUCCUUAUGUGUUUGAUAUGAGAUUUUUGCACAUUUUGGUGCAUAUUGGUAUCAUUUGGCACUAGGGCUGGAACCAAAGUAUUAUUCCCCUUUCCAGGUUUUUAAUUUAAUUUUUUGUUUUGGGUUGUUUGGGUUUUUUUUUUUAUUUUAUUUUAAACUGGCUUUUUCUUUUCAGUAGGAAGCUGCACUUCUAAACGGACAAAUGAGAUUAAUAACUUGGCAUUUAACAUAUUUCAAGGUAAUGCUUUUUUCCAGAACGUGGCGAAAUGAGCCAACCUUUUCAGACAAAGAAAAGCAAAACUAGAGAUGCUUGUUUUGUAGGAAGAAUAUUAGAAAUACUGUUUGUUUGAACCCAAAACAGAGACCGAACUCUGCAUCCAACAUAAAAUUUGCACAUUAGUGAAGCACUUAAUACAUGACUAUAAAUGAUUGGCGGCGUGGCCCUGCCCCUCGUCUCACUACUAUCAGAAAACCAAAGAUAGCCAAAUAUCUGUGAUCAAAUUCGAGCUCUACAUCCUCCUGAUGCCAAUUUAUUUGGGAGCUGUUGUCGGUCAGGGUUGAAUUAAAAAGCUGCUGGUUCCUUCCCAACUGUUAAUGCUCUUUGGAUGUGUUGGAAAUCCUUUUUUCCUUCCUUUUAAUGCUCUGGGUGGCCAGUUCAAAACCUUGUGCCUGAAGAGGUGUUAAACAUGAUGCAAUUUUCUGAAAAAAACAAAACAAAACAAAACACAAACCUGUUUGGCUGCUUAAUGUUUAAAAAAAAAAAAAGGCACAGUGAUAGGAAAAGGUCGUGUCUGUGUUUUUAAGUUUUUCUUUAUUCUGCUUUUUUGCUGCUAUAAGAUUUUCUUGAAUUUCUAUUUGAAACUUUUCAUGCACUUUACUGUUUCUAGUCUCCAAAUGUGAUAUUUUUAAUAAAUGAAAAACAUUUUCCAUGAUGUGAAUGAAAUUUUUAAGCAGAUU